UCACAAUGUAUUACGCAGAAUGGAAGCAAGUGACAUUUGACAAGCUGUUAGUGGUGAAAGAUAAAUUUGAUGAAAUGUGUUCGUUACUGUGCGUUCUUCACACGAAGUCCUGAAAGCAAAGUUUCAUAAGAAGAUGGCUGUGUCCACGACAGACAACUCUGCAGUGACGGCAACAUUGCCAGUUACAGUACAGGGAGUCAUCAGUACAACAUUUGGACCAGGAAAUGGAACUUCAGGAGUUGCACAGCCAACUACAGCUUCAGUUUUGUCAGCUAUAACAGGAGCAGCAGUUAGGAGUGUCCAAAAUGAGGCUGCGCCUAUCUUUCUGCAGACCAAAGCUGCAAAAGGAAUUGCUGGGGCUUUUGUUUGGGCUGCACUUAUCCUCACAUGCCAUCAGAUAUAUCAACACCUUCGGUGGUAUACCAAUCCUGCUGAACAGAGGUGGAUUGUAAGAAUCCUGUUCAUUGUUCCAAUAUAUGGUUUUUACUCAUGGGUCAGCCUUCUCUUUUUCAACAGUGACAGUUACUACAUAUAUUUCUUCACUGUUAGAGACUGUUACGAAGCAUUUGUAAUUUACAAUUUCUUGAGUCUCUGCUAUGAGUAUCUUGGAGGAGAAGGCAACAUCAUGAGUGAAAUAAGAGGAAAGCCAAUAAGAUCAAGCUGUUUGUAUGGGACAUGCUGUUUGGUGGGCAAGACAUAUACUAUUGGUUUUCUAAGGUUCUGUAAGCAAGCAACAUUACAGUUCUGUCUCGUCAAACCCCUUAUGGCUUUUGUUAUAAUUUUCCUACAGUCUUUUGGCCAUUACCAUGAUGGUGAUUGGAGUCCUGAUGGUGGUUACUUAUACAUCACGAUCAUUUACAAUUUCUCUGUCAGUCUGGCAUUGUAUGGGCUCUUCCUGUUCUAUUUUGCAACAAAAGAUCUGCUAACUCCCUUUGAACCUGUGCUGAAAUUCUGCACGGUGAAGUCUGUCAUCUUUCUGUCAUUUUGGCAAGGUGUCCUUUUGGCUGUUUUGGAGAAGGCAGAAGUUAUUGAUCCAAUUGUGAACACUAAUGGAUCACAAGCAAGUGCAGGCACAGUCUCUGCAGGAUAUCAAAACUUCCUCAUUUGUAUUGAAAUGUUCUUUGCUGCUGUUGCUCUGCGCUAUGCAUUUCCGUACCAAGUAUAUGUACAGGGCUGCAUAACGGAUUCCAGGGGGCGCAGUGUCACUAUGCAGAGCAUCUCUAGCAGUCUCAAGGAAACAAUGAAUCCAAAGGACAUAAUGACAGAUGCAAUUCACAAUUUCCAUCCACAGUAUCAACAGUAUACACAGUAUAGUUCAGGAGGCUCAGACUCACAGCGUGGCAUUCGUGUCAGCAGUUAUGAUCCAGAUGAUCCCUCUUUGGCAGGUUGUGGAAAUGGUAAUGGUGUUAAUGGUUACGGUCCUGUAUUAGGAAUGGGACUAGCUAAUUCACGCAGACAUACUUCACUAUCUGGUGGUCAGCGAGUCUCUACUAUCAGUGCAAACUACAAUGAGAAAACAACGCUUCUGAGUUCUGAUGAUGAGUUCCAGUAGUUUUAUUUUUAUUUUUUAUAAUGAACACCUACUCUCAGAUGUUGCCAAAUGUAUGCUGAUCUUCUGGGUUAAGAAACCCAGUUAAUGAGCAGUAUUGCUAUUAUGGUUGUUACAAUAACUGCUGAGUUUCUAAACUUGGUGGCUGCAUGUUAUCAACAAACCUCAUUGUAGAGAGCACCAUUUACAAAUUUUAAGAUUGUUCCAAAAUGUUGUGUAAAUAUGCAAGUGUGUAUUGGAACUUCGUUGCAAAUGCUUUGAUGUAUUGAGUCUGCAUGUAAAUAUUAUUCCUAAAUGACUUUUAUAAAAAAGACACAUUCCACUAUAAGCCACAACAGUCUUGUUAUCAUUUUGUCCAUUUUUUCUAUUGUGUACUGAUGUCAUUAAGUCUCAGACUAUUUGGUCUCACCAGGACUGUUUGAAAAUCUGCAUCUAUCAAUGACACAAGAGAAAUUAAAAUAGUUCUGGGUCAGUCGCAUUUAUUUAAAAAUUGUGUGAAAACUUUGCCUGACAUUUACUGGUACCAAGAGCACUAAAUGACAAAUUAAUUCUUACGUUUUGAUCAUUUUAUUGUUCAUUCAUUAUUUAAUAGGUUUCAUUCAUGUUUCCAUACUUGUAUCACUUUAUCCCUUCAUGUGUAUGACACUGAUAUAAAUAUAAAAAUUUGAAGCAAUGUGAAGAAUGAUGAAAAGGUGCAAACAAAGAUAUAUUCAACAUCUGAAGUAAAUGUGAGUUCCACAAAGGUUAGGAUGUUAACGGAUACAUAGCAAAGUUGUAUAUACAAAUAUAAGUUUGAAAGGAAGGAAGUUGGAAAAGGAUUAGUGAUGAUACUGGAAACAACAUAUAUGAAAAAAGAUUAGAUAAGUACAAUGGAUUGUAGUUUUUUGAGUAACAUAACGGAAGAAGAAUACCAAGCCACGAAGAUGAGAAGAGUAAUGAAAAAAUAACUACCAGUGCAGAGAAGACAGAGAAAGAAGGUUAAUGGCACAAAAUGAUAUGAGUAAGGAAAGAAAGAGAUCUGAACACAAUGGAAAAUACAACAAUAACAGGAAAUAAAGUAGUUGUAAAUUAUGGCCGCAAUUUUGAGAUAAUGGUUUUUUUUUUUUUGAGUGUUCAAGAAAGGAAUAUUUUAAAAUAGGAUGCACAAAGUUUCAAUUAAAUGAAUAAUUUUAGUUUGUUCAAUCAUCAUCAUUUGUGCUUCUUGAAAUGUUUGAGUUACACAGUGAUGUAAUUAAUGAGACAGUCUACACAAAAAUUACCAAUUUCACAUCAUUAUGUACACUUAUAGAAUAUUGAUGAACAAAUAGUACAGUUAAUAUUUCCACCAAAAAAAUUUCUGUCUGAAAACUCAAGAUAAAGCUAUUUGGAAAUUCUCCUUAUAGGAGGACAGAGAGAUGCUAUGCUUCCAUCUUUCUCUACCAGAUGUUAUGUAACUGCUGCUUCACCUGGAAUGGAUAAAUUGCAGCGACACAUGGACUUUGAAUAAUAAUAUGUCUGAUAGUGUGAAACAAAAUUUUGCAGAUGUGAACAGUAGGGCCAACACUUUUAUGAAAAUCACCAUCACUGAUGGGCUACAUCAUGAAUUGUUUGAUCUCCAACCAGAAAUACCCACGUUCAGCUACAGAUGUCUGGUAAAAAUAGCACUACAAUUUAAAACUGUCAUGUUUCUUAUAUGUAAGGCUUUAAUUUUAAAUCUGAAACAAGCAGUACAUUUGGAUACUAGAUUAACACGAUAAUGCAAUAAUCUCUCAGUGUGCUAAACUUCUCAUGUCUGAAACUAAUAAUUCUGUGUAAUGUGUUACGUUCGGCCAAUUUAAUUGUCUCUUAAAGACAAUGUAUGCGAUCAGUUUUUUUCACAAAUCUAAUCAUUUCACCUUAAUGAAUCUCUUGUAAUAUUGUAUUGUCAUCCCACUAAAGUGAGUGCUUAACUUUUUUAGUUCCUUUUAAAAUUCACAGUCUGAUGAGAAGCUAUCCAGAAACUCUUAUAUUAAACAGCAGAUUAUACAUCAGCUUACAGUGUUUCUCAAAUGUAAAAGUUAUGAAAGGUACAGGAUACCUUUGAUUUGUAGUAUUGGUGGGUACAGAACUGAGCUGAUGGCAUAUUAUGUGAAACUACAGUCAUAAGAGAGCUUAUAUGUACUUAAGUAGCUCUAAGUAUGACACUGGUAUUAUUAUGAAAGAAGUCAAAACUGGAAGGUACAAAAAUACAGUAGUGACUUGUAAAUUUUGCACAAGAUGAGAACAAAUCUACCUCACAUAUACACUUCAAGCUGAUGGCAAAUGUAUAAGAACUGUUAGUUUCCAAGUAUAUUUUGGUAUUUGUAGUUAAAAUGCAGUGCUUACUGCACAAACACAUUCAUUUAAUUUUGCACAUAGGUCCAAAGAGAAUAAAGUAAAGUAUACUAUAAAGGAAUUGGACAUAUGUAACCCAUAUUUUAAUGUAACACUAUUUUUUUUUUAAGAAACACUCAGAAAUAAUAUUGUCAUAUCCACACAGUGGCUCUCAGAAUGUAAUAAAAAUGAAAGUCCCUGUUGGCAUACCUGCAAAAACUUCCUAUUAUGGCUACCUGCCAUUUUAGCAUGUUUGGAGGAAUGAAUUACAGCAGUAAUGAAUCUUUUUGAGAGCUACAUUAUCUUUUUGUAUCUAAUUUAUAUGACCUACUAUGUAUAUCCUGAAAAUAGAACAGACACUAUGGUUAGACUAUGGAAAUCAGUUUUAGGAACUAAAGACAAAGACAGUCUCAACUUUGCUUUGUCUAAUAUCAUAAAUCACUGACAUGAAUCUUAUGGUUAACUUCACAUCCAUAAAAAGCUCUUAAUAAUAUGUGGUUGCGUAUUAAGUACCUGAUUACUGUUGACAUUGCCUUCAUUCACAAUUGCAAACUACUUCUAACAAAGGAUCCAUCAUCAAACUAUUAAUAAAAUAAGGAUAGGAAGAAAUUACCUUUUGUUUCCCUAUUUUCUUAAAAAUGUAGCAAUACUUGACUUGUAGAAGAUGGAUCAAAGAAUUAUAUGAAAUGAGUAGAUAAGAUUGCAAAAAUCAUGCUGCAUAAAAAGGUCUUUUACUUCUUAAGUAUAUGCUUUUUAUGCCGCCAUUAAUGAUCUGCAUGCAAGGUACCAUUCGGCAAAUUUCUGACCAAGAGCUGCAUUUCCUUUCUAAUCAUAUUAGUAAUAACUGUUAUACAAAUCUGAUAAUAGUCAUAUUCAUGUUUUGAACCAUUUGUCACAUUUUUUCUUUUACAUACCACUUGUUGUGUUUGUAAGAAAGAAAUUGCCUCAGUAUUAGUAGUGCAUAUUAACAAGGAAAAUAGUUGUGAUUAUAAUUUAAGACAAAACUACAGAAAUAAUGUAAAAGGGAUGCUUUUAUGAAUAUUUUUGUACAUAUCUAAAUGGUAAUAAUUGUGUUUCUUCUAACCAUAUAAAAGUCUUGUUGCUAUGUUCAGAGAAUUUUUAUUUCCAAUUGGUGUUUUGAAAAUGUCUUUAUAGUUUUACAGGUCUGUGCUUAAAGACAAGACCCAUAUUAUUAUUUUGCGUACAAGUUCCUUCCUAUGAUGUCUUUCUUACAUUUUUUGUUUUAUAUAUUCAAUUGGCCUGUGUUUAAUAUCAUUUUGACUGUAAACUACCAGCAUUUACCUCUGGAAAAAUUCUCCUUUGAGAUACCAGUAUAAAAAGUCACAAUUUCAGGGUGGAAAAUUUCAUCACAUCUGAUUAUGUCACAUCAUUAUUUGUAGUUUUAUAUUAAAGGUGUAUUAAAAAAUGUAGUAUUAUAACACCCACUUUUAUAUCCAGGCUGUUGUUUUUAUACUGUGUUCUUUAAAUUUCUAAUUUACGGAUGUUAAAAGAUUGUCUUAACAGCAAAAAUUUAAAAUUUAUACUUUUUGUUACACAUCACUGGUUCUGACUUAAUCAAGUUAUUCUCAAACCAUAAUGAUGAUUGAAGUAGGAAAUAGUUACAUAAAACAAGAAUUGAUGUCUUCAGUGAGAAUAUGUAAUUUAUAACAAUACAUUUAUCAAAUGUGUACAUUAAUAUAUUACUCAUAGUGACCCAUUUAUCAGAUGCAUUACGUUCAGAGGCCAGCUUGCUUCCUCUCAGAAAUAUUCCGUGUGACAACUUCUGGUUACACAGUCAUCCAAGUAACAUAAUGUCAUAAAAAAUUGCCCUAUACCACUGCAAAGUCAUAAGUUAUGGAAGUAACAACCUUACUGUGGUAAUAACUUUCAUGGUUGUAAGUUAACUACCCAAGUACCAUAUAUGUAUCUGCCAUAACUAAGCAAGGAUAAAAAUAUGGCUUAACAAGCUUAAAUCUUUUUUGCAGCUUAAUUUAUCUUGUUAUUAAUAUCUUGAUGUCUUCACUGACAUACAUUUCCAGCUCUCUAAGGUGCAUUUUUCACAAUACGGUUACCAACAAGUAGCAAUAUCGGCAAUGAAGCUUUGGUGUACCAUUUCUUGUGGAGUACAUAGGUCAACAUAGCAAAUGCAUUCUCUGUGAUGAUGCAUAUCUUUAAAAAAAAGUACAGCACUUACUUCCCAACAACAAUUAGUAUCACAGUUAUGCUGCAAACAUUGUCUGUUAAUAAUAUAAAUGAUGGAUACUGUCAUAAUUCUUAAUCAAAUAUUGACAAAACUAUGUCUAGUCCUAGACUCCACACCAACCCUGUUCAUAUAAUCUCAAAAAGUUGUGGUUUAUUCUGGAGAUGCUUGUUCUCCUACCCAUUUAAAUAACAUGUACAAAUCCUGUUGUGUGACUGUCUAGGUGGAUCUGCUGAUAAGUGUAUGCAUGAAUGUGUACGCAAGUGUGGAGGGGUGGGAAGGAAGGUGGGGUGGCAGCACACAAUGCGAGUCUCAACAGAAAAAGAGAAUAUUGAUGACAAUAAUGUGCUUGAACAUUCACUAAAAGUUAACUGCCUGUCAGACCUUGGCCUGAGCCAAGAUCCUAUUCUUUUGCUUGCAAUGAACUAACAAUCACACCAUUCAAGCUUGCCUCAUGGACUGACUCUUAAGUUUCAAACUAAUACCAGUUCUUCUCUGCACAUUCCAAACUCUACAGCGACCUUCCUUGGAGAGAACUUGCAGCAAGUUGACGCCUUGAGUAAGUCUGCAAGGUGUCUCUCUCAGAGGGUGCAGCUAGUAGUAAACUGCUCUUGAAAAGCAGGAAUCUUGGUUAGAGCCCCUAUUUGCACACCCUUAUAAUCUCACCAAAGUACUGUAUACUUGCUACAGAAUAAAAAGAUUUCAUCUCAAUUACGAAAUCCUAUUCAUGCAUUGAGCACUUGUCUGCUGCAGAACAAAUAAAUUACACUGCGUUUGAUACUUUUACUGAGAGCAAAAGUAAUAGAGACUGUGUUAUGUAUGUUAAAUUCCUAAGUAAACUACUCUAACCUGAAAAUAAUUUUGGAAUAACUGCAAGUGAAGAGAGAACAUUCUUCUUCAAGUGUGUUAAGUGCCAACAGUAUUUUUAUGCUUGUAUUGAAGUUCAGUAAAUAAUAUUGUACACAGUUUUGUUCUUUUAGAGGUAGAGAGGGGAACAAUAAUUUUGCAGUGAUACUGUUGUUUUCCAUAAUUUGACGUAAGCCAUUGAGUAUCAGCUUAUGUAUACAUUGCUGCUUGUAAAUAAUAUUUAACUUAAGAAUAUGGGCUUUGUGGUUAUGUGAAUACACACAUAAUAAUAGGAACAAACACAAUCAAUAUCAGAAAUUAGUUCCAAAAAUGAAUUUAUUUUCAGGUUAUUAAAAGAUCAGUAAUGUAACUUGGGAAAUAGAAAGAAUAAUUAAAUACGAAUGAAAAUAAUCAAUAUAUGCUCAAUAUCAGACCAAAAAUACAAUAAAUUGAUUUCAUAUUAUGUAAAAAUGUAUCUCAAGUAGCCCAAAGUGACUGCAUGAUGGCAUACUUUGUAUGAAGUUUCACACUACCUAAAAGUAGUUUAAAUGGUUUUACUUAAUCAAAAUGUAAGUUGUUAUAUGACUAAUUACAUUUUGAGGAAAUUAACUUUCCUUUUUGAAAUUUCAUAAAGAAGGAAAUUUUUCUCGACAGUUAUGGAUAAAUACGAAGCACAGAAAUAUGCAGUUUAAUCACAUUCACUCUUGACUCAAAAAAGAAUUACCUGAGGCAUAACAUAGGAUCAAACUUAGUUACAAAAGUAAAUAUAUAACACAUUACCAAUUCAGAGACACAAAGAGGUAGUUUGCAACAGAUGAAUGAUGUAGAUAAUAUCCAGAGGAUGAGCAUUGUAGGAGAGCAAUUAACUGACAAGUGCAAGAUAAAUGCAUGAAAGAGAUGAUCAUUAUAACAAUACAUAAGUAAAGUAUGGAUCUGUAAGGAAACAUUCUGAAUACAGAUCUGAAAAUGACAACUCAGGUGUGAUUAUGAGGGUGUAUUUUUGCAAGUUUAUUGUUCUUUUCCUCAAUAUUUGCCCAUUUCUCCAUGUCCCUUGCAUGUGUAUUUCAUUUUGAGGAUUGUACUCAUUUUUAUUUAUUCUUUGCUUAUUUUAGAAAACAUGUUCAGGUUUAAUUAUAAUCACUGUGACUACUCUGUGGCUUCUUUCCAGCAGUGCUAUGUUACCUUCACAUAACAUUGAAUGUAAUCUGUUUUACAGUACUGUUUGAAUUGUCAAGAAUAUCUUCUGUGUUCUCUUUCAUCGUGUAAGCUACAUGAAAUUAUUUUCUUCUUACCAUUCAUACGCUUAUAGCCUCAAUAAUAAACCCCCUCUUCUGAAAACAUUUGUGACAAGAGGUGGAUAUCUACUUACCAUGAACAACUGGUCCAGGGUCGAAGGGUACAAUACUGAGAAAAGUUGUUAGAACUAUGGUUACUUUAAAAAAUAAAGAAAGCAAGAGAAUCCUGUAUUUUUGAAUUACUAUGCUUCCCAGUGCUGAGAAGAUAUUUUGGCAGUUGGCAAGUAAAUGCUCCACUUCUAUUUGCAAAAUCAUUAAUAUUUAUUUUUAGCUUCUCUUCUUGAGAUCUGACAUAAGUUUUGUUACUUUUUCCAUUGUUUUUAUUGAUCUCAGCCCUACAAAAAACUUCAGUACUCAGUUAUAACUUUCACUGUUGACUGUAUUUUAAGUUUUAGUCAUUAUUUUAUUAGAUAGUCUUCAUAAUACUCUUUUCAUAAAUUGUCGAUAUAUUUUAAAGGAAUGUGUAAAUGACAUGGUUGUUUAUAAAGAAAACUUUUUAAUCAUGUCUUCAUUCUUCACUAAUGAUAGAAGAGAGGACACAGGCCAACACAAGUCAUAAUAAUGUUUUAGACAUUAUUUCUGCUUAUAUGGCUAUAUAUUUAAUACAUUCCAAAUCAUCCAAUAAAUUGGAUGAAUGAACAGUGCUGUAUAUUAAGAGAGAAAAAUUAAAAACUAAGAACUGAUGUAAAAGUGAAUGAUCUCAUUUUAAAUGUCUAAUAAUGGAAAAAUAACUAAAUUUUCAUGUCAAGUUACACAAGUACUUAAGUCUCAUUUGUGGAGAGUAUUAUAUGUCUGCAAACCUCAAAAUAAAAAUAUUUUUUAUUCAAAUGUUAGUCUUAAGAGCCAUAAUUUCUGUUUUAUUCCAAAAUAUAGUUUUUAAGACAUCCUUUGUUUACAAAAUAUCAAGAAAAUGAAGAGAAUAAAAUAUUAUACUAUAUUGUAUGAAACAGCUAAUAUAUGUUUUGUUUGACAUUACAUAAUUUUAAAUAAGAAACUCUUCUAUUUAUGUGUGAUGUUAUAUAAAUAGAGUGCCAUAUUUCAAGUAUCCUGCACCUGAAUGUGUAUCAUACUACUAUUAUAUACAGCUAUUUCAAUAUAUGGAUGUUGACCUAAAA